UCUCCCGGAAGUGCUGUGUUGAUCUCGGUCGCUCGUUUCCGGUCGCGUUGUAAAGAGUCUCGAUUACAUCGCAGCAAAGGUGAACUAUUUUCUGAGCUGGCCAGGUUGGUGUAAGCUGAGAAGCUGAACCAUCAUGUGGAAUGGUUCAAGAUCUGGACCACGAGGGGGGAUGCCCUUUUGUGGGGACCCACGUGGGGAGAUGUUUGAGGGAAGAAACAGACCAAUGCCUGGCUUCAGAGGACGAGAAGGAAUGAAUAUGGGAGUGCAAGACAGACCCCCCAUGGACAUGAGGAGGUUUGACUACUCACCAGAUAUGAUGGGACGAAACAUGGGUCUUCUUGACAGAGGGCGAGACUCUCCUCGAGACUUCUUUAUGCCCGAAAACGAGCUAGAUUUUAGAAGACGUUUGGAGAUGGAGCAAAAUGCACCUGGUUAUAUAGGUCAGGGUCGGCCUUCUUUAGAUAUGGGUGGCAGGGACAUGCAAGUUAGGAACAUAAGGGGGCACAACGAUCAAUUUAUGGACAUGAGGGAGAGGGACAGAUUUCGAAUGGACAUGCCUGGUUUCAACAUGUCACCCAUGGAUGUUAGAAGGCGGCUUGCCAUGGAAUCUAUGGACAGAAAUGACCAUAUAAGAGAAACGGAGCGCCCCCAAAUGGGCAUGAAUGACAUUGAUGGAUUCAGUAUGGACAUGCCUCCACGGGACAGGUCGGUGGAUUUCGAUAGGCGAGGUUGCGUCCCUCCCUUGAAUCCCAGAGGAAGGUUUGAAUCUGAUAUGGAUUUCAGGAAUCGAAUGGGACAGCCAGGUGAUUUUAGGGAUCGCCCUCCUCAGAUGUUUCGUGGUAACGAUGGCAUGAAUCUCAGGGGAAGACCUGAUCUGCCUCUAGAUCGGCAAGGUCCAGAAAAAGACAUGCUUAAAGUAGGUGAACCAACACUGAGGGACAGAGAAUUUCCUGAACAAGCUGAGAACAGGUCUGGGUUUCGAGGAGAAGAUAAAUCCUUCUCAGAAGAGUGGUGCAGGAGAAUGAAUAGAAGUUCCAAUUUACCCAGCAAUGUGAAGAAGCGAUUUCCACAUGGACCUGGCAAGGAAGGUGAGUUAGGAGAACCGUCACAGUUCAAAGAUAGAGAGCGGCCAUCGGUGGAGAUUCCAGCUAAGGAGCGUGGCAAUUCAGAGUUCUCUCGAUCAGAAAGAGAAGAUUCUGCAGUCCGAAAUUGGGACAAUGUUCAAACUGAUGUCCCUGGCAGAGAUCCGCCUCAUCCGGUCCCUCAGAAGCUACCACUUUUAUCACUGAAUCCCAGUCUAAAUAUCCCAAGCAAAGACAAAGAAGGUCAACGUUGGUCAAGAGACGAAAAGCCUGACAGCACUAUACCGCCGGUGGGAAGGCACCCGUUCUUUCCAGACAAGAAUCUGCCGGUCAAAGAGAGCCAUUUCUCGGUCGAUCAAGGAAACUUUAAGGGAAAAGAUAUGCCUCUUGAUGAGGGUCAAAAGAAAGGCAGCCUUCUGCCAGUGCCAAGAGAUCCACAGAGUAACAGAGAAGGAAGGCGAGACCAGGACUACGGAGACAUCGAUUACAGGACCAGUUCUGCGCAAAAAUAUGACUAUAUCCUUGAGGAUCUUCAGGGACCUGAAAAGAACCUGAAAACACUCAAAGCAGCUCCACCUGAAAGAUCAACUGCAUCUGGUUCUCAGGACCAGGAUUACCGGAAUGCCAAUGUUCAGGAUAAGAUCUCAAAAACCAUUGCCAUCUCUGGAAUUCCCAAAACUGCUACAAUGCAGCAGAUACUGGAUGCAUUCGCGGUUCGGGAUGGAGUGCCAAUGCAAGGCAUGAAAAUACGAGAUGUUGUUCCAGGUUACAGCUCCGAUACGGCCUAUGUGGAGUUUUUAAACAUCGAGGAUGCUGUCCACUUCAUGGAGUCCAACCAGGGAUCUGUUAAAGUUGGUAGCAAGACUGCCUUGCUGAAGUACAUUCAACCUGAGCGAAAUCCUAAAGAACCGCAGCACGAUGACCAGCCCCAUAAAGUCACGCCACCCCAGGAUGGGCUGCUGCCAUGUCCAGUCCUGACCAACCCCCCAAAAUUAAAAGAUGAUGGUAGUGUCAAGACUCUGCACGAUCCCCUCUCUCAGGUUGGGUGGCAGAGGAGCUCCACCCUGACACCCGAAGCCUGGCAGCAGCAGGUUGACAAGCAGCUCCAGCAGCAAGAGAUGGAGAAGCAAGCUGAGGAAUGGGCCAACCAGAGAGGACCUCGUGCCAACCAGCAAUUCUCUGAUCCAGUUUUCAAGGAAAGCAGAACCAUGAUCAUAAAGAACAUAUUGCCCACCACUACAGUGGAGACGAUCUUGAGGUCACUGGAUACCUUUGCUUACCUUGACGAACGCAACGUCCGCCUUGUUAAAGGGAAGACGCCUGGAUCCAAGUGUUUUUGCUUUGUCGACAUGGACUCUCAUGAGCAUGUGACCCGGUUGGUGGACCUGCUUACCAAACCUCGUCCAAUUAUGAUCGAUGGAGUCCGAGUAUAUGCUGAAGUAGCAAAACCUCUAAAGAAUCAGAAUUCGUUUUCCCCCAGCUACCGGCGGGACCUUGAUAAGUCAAACUCUUCUCUUCUGGGUUGCCCACCUGAUGUUAUGGAGCAGCAACAGUACUUCCCUCAAUCUCACACAGCCAACCCAACUACCACACAAGGUAUGGGUGCAUCUGCUGAGCCCUUGCAAACUGAGUUCUCCUUGCCUGCAGCGUCAAUACAGAGCUCAAGCAUAAACCAAGGUGCAAUAUAUGCAGAGCCUUCAGUGGAAGCUGCACAGCAACAACCUCCUUCUACAAGCGACACUACUCACACUGUCCCAGCUGGUGAAUCUGAGGACUACAGCUAUACUUCUGACACUCCAGAUCUGUCUGCCUUUCUGUAUGAUGCUACAUCAGGCUUCUACUAUGACCCCCAGACCACCCUGUACUAUGACCCCAACUCAAGGUAUUUCUACAAUGCUCAGACACAGCAGUACUUGUACUGGGACAGUACCACAAAGAUCUACAUACCAGUUGAAGGUGAAAACGCGGGUACAAACAUUCAGAAACAGAACCUACCUGUGGAAGCAGAGUCUGCGGCAGCUGAGGAACUAAAAACGGCGUCAGAAGGAGCAACGGAACGAAGGGAGGACGAUGACACUAUGUCACGCUCUGAGAAGAAAGAGAAGGAGAAAGAAGACAAACCCAGAAGCCUGGCAGCAUUUAAGAUCAUGAAAGAUAUGGAGCGCUGGGCGAAGAUCCAGAAUCGGCAGAAGGACAGUGUACGAGCUCCAUCUCCUGUCCUCAGGAGUGGAGCUGAGGACAAGAAGGCUUCCAAAGCUGCUGAUGCAGCCUUUGCUGUAUUUGAGAGGAAGACCACGGGGGGAGACGACUUGUUCAAAAAGCCCCUUGCUCCACCAAAGAAAGAUGAGAAGGGCUCCAAGAAGCCCAUGGGUUCUCUGGGCUUGUUAGCUGCUGACUAUGCAGCAGGAAGUGAUGACGAGGAAGAAGAAAAACAUGAGAAACAUGAAGCACCUACCCCACCUGCCCCACCUGUCAAGAGCCAACCGGAGUCCCAAGAGAAAGAAGACAGACUGACAGACUGGAAGAAAAUGGCAUGCCUGCUGUGCAGGAGACAGUUCCCCAGCAAAGAUGCCUUGAUCCGCCAUCAACAGCUCUCAGACCUGCACAAGCAAAAUAUGGAGAUUCACUUAAAGAUCAAAAAGUCAAAAAGGGAACUUGAAGCUUUGGAAAACCAGGAAAAAGAGAUGCAUAUGAAAGAGACUUGCAGUCCACCUGAUGCAAAGAAACGAAAACAGCAAAACACAUGGCCCAGCAGUUCAAGAGACACACACAAAGGCAAUGAGAGACCAGGGCUAGGUCUGGAGUCCACAGAGCGGAACAAGAAGGAUGGAGUUGUCUGGAACUACGCCACCUAUAAGCAGGCUGUGCGGAAGGCUAUGUUUGCACGGUUUAAAGAGCUGGAAUGAAAGAGUGAAAGAAUUCAAUCACUAAAAUGCACUCCGUUUAUGCCAGCAGCUCACUUCAGGCUUUUUCUGAGAUUUAACACAAUUCCUGGUGAAUCUCUUUUUUGUGUUCUAAAUGUGCCUGUACUGAUUAGACAGUUUUUUUUUUGUUGUUUUUUUCUUUUUUCUUGGUCCUCAGUUCUGCUAUAAUUAUUGUAUUUUUUGGUAGCUCGACCAUUCAGGACUUUGAAACCAUUUUAUUUACCUUACUUUGUAUCAAGUGUUUUUUAAUGACAAAGAAGUUGUAAAACUAUUAAAAUUGUAGUAAGCAGUAUUCUGUGAGUCAAUAAACUGGCUGCCAUCAUCUCCA